UCCUCUUGCUCCAUCUGCAUCUCUCUCCCUUCUCUCGGCGUCUUUCUCCUCUAAAAAAAACCCUUCAUUUGUUUGGUGAUUAUAGUGAAAUAGAUUGAAUUUUAUUUGUGUCUCCCUUCUCCUUCUCUCAGUGCUCUCUUCGUCCUGUCUCUCUUUAUGAUUGUAGGUGGUUUAGUUUGGGUUUCUCUUCCUCAUCUUCAGUUUUUUUCUCUUUGUUUCUCUGAGGAAAACUGAUGUUGCUAAUCUCAUCUCUUUUUCAGAGGGAUUUACUUUCGAUUGAGAUUUGAAAUUUACUCUGAAUUUUGGAUUUGGGAUUGUAAUUUUUAGGGUUUGAACUGUCAUUAACGUGCUCGGUUGUUUCUCCUCCUCUUGCUCUUCAUGGCAUCGUUGAAUUAUAAUUUUUGUGCUGGAGUUAGAUAUUUGUAAUUGGAUUUUGGUCAAGGAUAUUAUGUUGAUUGUGGAGUUGAUAAGUUGUGUGAUAUGCAGGCCAUAGGAUUUACGUUGACUGUUCGGGUGAUUUGGUCCACUCAAAGACAUUACUUGCCAAGGGAGUAUUAUAUUGGGGAUAAAGGUCGGUGAUGGUGUACACGCGGCAUAAUUUUCUUCUGAUCGCUCUCGCUGCUUCGCUCGCCCUCCCAAAGCUUCGAUAGAAAUCUUGGACUUGGUUUAUUCCUCGGCGAUCUUCUUCAUAUUCGCUUCAAUCACUGUAUUUGGGUCUUCGGGGUCUGUCAUCAUCAGCAAGGAUCCAAAGAGUGAAGGCGAUUCCAAUUGCGGGUAUCCGAUUCCGAUUGUAUUUGGGUCUUCAAGGUUCUAUCUCUCUCUGUUGGGUUUUACUUAGAUUGCGAGCAUUCAUUACAAGUUUGAUAUUCAAAACUGUAAAUUCUUCCCACUGUGCAAAUUUAAGACUUCUUAUUGUAGCCAAAAGAUAACCAAUAAUGGGUUGCAUAAUCUACGGAUCUUCUUCUUCUUCUUUUUCUCCCUUCUGUUCUCAUUGGUGAUUGUGUUUAUUUGUUGGGAAUUGUUGAAAGAUUUUCUAAUUAGCUUUGAAUCAUUUCAUUAUUAUAUGUAACUGAGUUGGGGUUUCGUUGAUGUAGGGGUAUUGUUUGUGAUAUACGGUUUUUCAUCAAUAGAGGAAGCAUUUCUGGGGUAUUCGAUCAACCUGUAGCUAUGUUGUUGCAAUAGGCAUUGGACAGUUAAUUUGAAGGAUUAUACCUAUUAGCUGUAAUUGGGAGGUGGGUAGUAGACCGUUGGAGGCAUUGGAACAUACGGGUGUUGCAGUACAACCUAAGGCAAAAGAGGUUAAUAAAAGGGAAUUAGCAGCUUUCACGUUUUGUGGUUUUCAGAUAGAUAUUAAUUACAGGUUAUUGAGAAUUUGAUUACUUUCUGCUUACGGUAAAGGGGAAUCAAUAAACGAUUGAGCGGCGACGCUCAACUUGAGAUAUCUUUGGGUUUAAGCCUCUGCUUGAGGAAUCGAAAUUGAAAGUUGAGAGCAUGACAGAGUUGGAUGAGUGGGAGAUAAUGCACAUCCCAGACAAACCCCCUCGAGAUAGUGCUGACCAACAACCCACUGUGGAUGUGAUUGCUUCAUUCAUACACCCAAAGGUUGCCAACACUCUUGUAAGGCGUCUCAACCAAAUAGCACAACUCGAAAAUCUAAGGCACGUAAAGCGGGUGCACAAGAAAUUUAUUCAAGGAGGAACGAUUCAGUUGUCAGUGAUCUUAUGUCUGGCUUCUGAAACUGGCAAUCCGUUGGACAGCAUACCUUGUGAUGUACAAGAGCUUAUGAAUUCCUACCAGUUGUGUCCUUUUAUCACAAAAGUCUGCAAGUAUGCGGCAUCAUCGAAAGAAGAGUGGGAAGAACAAUGCAAACAUUGGCCAACAUCUUUUCAUCCACCAACCUAUAAUAUCGGGGGCAUUACUGGAUUCGGUGAAGAGGACUCACAGUCAGUGGUCGGCUUCAUGAAGUAUGCUAUUCAGUUGGCGAAAUCUGAUCAUAAUACGGUAGUCAAUGCUGCAGUUAUAGUAGAUCCUUCAGUUAAACAAGUAAUUACUACUGCAUGUGAUCAAACUUUCUCUUGGUAUACUCCUGUGAACAAAACCACCCUCGAAACAAACUGCUUUAAAAAAUCUGAAGCCUCUGUUUCUCAGAGCCAAUCGGCUGGAGUAUUGAGCUCUGAAACUCUGCAUUCAAGCAGUUUGCCAUUAUAUACUGGUGUGUGUUGUUUAUAUCCUUGGCGAUGGGCUGAGCAAGAAUCAGACACUAGUUCCUGCUCUUUACAUCCCUUACGUCAUGCUGCUAUUGUUGCUAUUGAAUCUUCUGCUGCCAGGGACAUACAUCUUUUCCCCAGUUUUGGAAAAAUUGAUGAUACACAUUCUGAGAUUGACAGCACACACUCUUCUUCUACAGGCUCUCCAGCCAAAAGGCAAAAGACCCAGUCUACGAAAGUUUAUGAUGAGGCUCAUAUGGACACUAAUGGUAACGCUUCGAUUUCUUUAUCAGGGAGGCCUUACCUGUGUACAGGUUUUGACAUUUACCUUGCUUGGGAGCCCUGUAUAAUGUGUGCUAUGGCACUUGUGCAUCAAAGAAUUAGGCGUAUAUUCUUUGCUUUUCCAAACCCAAAUGCAGGGGCAUUUGGAACUGUUCACAGACUACAAGGGGAAAGAAGCUUAAACCAUCACUAUGCUGUAUUUAGGGUCUUGGUUCCUGAAGAAGCCCUUAGUAGGGAUGAAGCUGCGGCUGCUUAGGUCAACUGAUAGUGACCUACUGUCAACAAACUGGAUGAGCUCUUAAUAUGUUGAGCAUAUUCUUGAGAAAAUUCACUAUACUUGUAUCUCAGUUCACUCCUUUUUUUUUUUUUACUUUUCUGUGACUCAUUGAACAGCGAAACACAUAGUUUCCCAAAUUUGGUUUUUGUUAUCUUGAACUGAUUUGGAUUAUUAUGGAUGUGAGGUCUGAGUGUAUCACAUUAUAAAAAUUCAUUAUUAUAACGAGUCCGUUUUGACCGUA